CUCCCUUGCGUUCGACAGAUGGCAGGAAUGUCGCAUCAUUUCUUAUGCCUUCUCUCUCCAUCGUUCAUUCCAGUCUUCCUCUACAUUGUCUCUGUUCUCAAGCGCGGUGCACAGUUGGUCUUCAGGAAAGUGCCCAGAAUGCCUACAACUACUGAAUUUCUCAACAGUAGUACUCCUGAGGAAUUUAAAGCAUUACUGACAGUCUACCAUGAUGCUCUCCAAAUUAAGGCAAUGCUUAAGAAUAAGAAACAAGGAGAAAGUUUGGAAUCAUUAGACAAAUGGUACCAGGAAGAGCUUGGGGAAGCAGUGGCGUCACGUAGUCCCCCCCACAUGAUCCGUAAGGAGCUGGUCCGCCUCAUGGAUUGGAAGCUCUCCAGGGGGAAGUUCAGACCUCGCCUGAUCCAGCUCUCAGAAUCCAAUGAGGAAUCUCUCGUCAAGAGUGCAACAGAAAAGGGUAUCAAGCUUGCACAAGCUGGCAAGAUUGAGGAAGCAAUUGAAGCUCUUGUUGUUCUGAAAGGUGUGGGGCCUGCUACAGCUUCAGCCGUGCUUGCAGUAUGUGUACCGGAGAAGUGCUGCUUUUUUGCUGAUGAAGUUGCCCAUGCCAUACCUGCCCUCAGCAAACUCAAGUACACUAACAGUGAAUACAUAUUACUAAACACAGAACUUACAAACUGUGCUGCACGCCUCAAUAAUGAGAGUGGGAACGGAUGCGAGAAGGAAAACAAUGAAGACCAGUGGACUCCUCAUAGGGUGGAACUAGCAGUCUGGACACACAGCCUCCUCACUCACAACAAACCCAAGUUAUUGGAUAGUGUAAGCAACAAAAGAAGUGGAGACGAGAGUGAAGCCCCAAAGAAGAAGAGAAAGAGGAACAAAAAGUAGAAAUAAACGCAAAAGGUGAAAUAAUUGAUUUUUGUCAUUUUAUUUUUGUCUCUUUCAAAUGAUCUAGCUUUUUGUAUGGUCCAGUGAAACAAAGUUUUGAGGCAUCUGUAAAUUGACUGACCAAAAUUUGAGACGCCAACCUUAAGAUUUUAAUGAUUUUUUAUUGAUAUUGAAGCAAAUUCCAUAAAGAUAUGAGAGAUGAAUGUUGCCUUGUGUUGCUUAACAAGAAAUCAUGUUACCUUGUGUCAGAAACCUCAAUCUUUUCCCUUUGGAAAAUAAGAAUGUAAAAAAAAAAAAAAAAAAAAUAUUCAUGUUAAAAGAGAAUUGAGUCAAUAAAGCCCUUUUCUCUUUCCACAGAAUAAUAGAAACCGAAAAGCUUUCUGCUCCAUAUGUUACAACAUAACAAUCUUCCUUUAAGUUUGUUUAAUUUCUGAAUAUUUAUUAAUGGUUUAUGCUGUGUGUUGUGCACCAAAAAAAAAUCAUAUUAAAACAAUGCAAAUGACAGAUGUUACUUUUUAGAUUAAAAGAUGAUGGUAUUUGGUCUGGUUUCAAAGGUAGGUGAGUGGGUGGUUGGUUGGUUGGUUGUACACUCUCACACUCAUACACACUCACACUUAUACACUCACAAAUUCAUUGACUCACAUAUUCACUCACCUAUAGUCACUCACUCAGAAUAUACACUUACUCAAGGACACCCACACUUAAAGCCACACACACUCAAAGAAACUUGCACGCAUUCCAGGACACAAACACACAUACUCACUCGAAGACAUCCAUUCACUCACUCACUCACUCAAAGAGACAUAACACUCCCUCAAACAGACGCCCAGGCACACACACUGUUGAGAUACAUGUGCUUAAAAAAGUGCAGCUCUGUUCAGCAGCAUACCUAAAAAUAAAGAAGAGAAAAAAAGGGAAUACCUUUUGGUUCUUUCCAAGCAAUCAGAUGAGAUGGAACAAAAAAGUGAAACCUUUUUAUGAUAUUCAUAUCUGUGGUUUUCCGUAAAGAGCAGCUGUGUGAAAGUACAUCAGCACAGAAAUCCUAACACUUAACAAAACUGAUUGUGGUGGAAUGAUAUUGGUUUAUGUUUUUUAGAAUAUCUAAAUGUUACCAUCAGUGGGCCUUUUGGAAGCUGCAAUGCUCCCAGUGCACCAAAAGUACAAAAAAAUGAUAAUGAUGAUAAUAAUAAAAAGAUUAAGAGCACAAAGUGUCUUGAAUGUCUUACAGGUAACUAGUUUGAGGAAUCAUUCUAGUGUGAUAAUUUAAUUGAGGCCACAUUUAUAUUUAAGAGCUGAUGUAAGUUAUUUCCAUGGUGAAAUACUUAAAAUUAUAAAGUACAAUACAGUACAAUCAGAUUGUUAAUAGAUUAUUCAGUACCAGAUGAACUAAAAGGAGAAAUAUGUUUGUAUUCAUUCUUUUGAAACAAUUACAUUAUCAAGUCUGUAGCUUAGUAUAGUGUCGUUUAUCAUAGAACAGCUAUUAUGUAUGCUACAGUACACUACAAUAUUCCAUUUACUUUAUGUUUUGAAUCUCUAUUGAACAAAGUAACUUUCCUAUCUUUACUUCUAUUGUUGAGUCAACCCCACGAAAAGAGUGGGAAAAUGUAAAAGAAGGUAAAUUUUUGAUUGCUCAUUUUCCACUUAUGUAAUUAAAUGUCACAUAACCUUCAGUUAUUAUACUAUUAAAUGUUUACACAAUCCUAUUGUAAGGCUAGACAGAUUGUUGUGACAGUACUCAAGGAAUCUCCUAGUCACUAUUUGCAUUUGAAUACUAUACAUGUUUUGUAUAGGUCUUCAAACAUAAGCCAUCCUUCAGAGAAAAUAAUGUUAAUACAGCAUAGUCUUUAAACUUCAGAGAUAUGUGUUGAUCAGUUUGCAUCAACUUCUAUAUUUUGAACUGUAUGUCAGUGCAGAUGCUUCCUUCUCCAAUACAGUGACUGAUAGAUGACCUUUUAGGUUUUACUAUAUUUUUUCUCAGGUUUUAAGUAUGGUAGACUAUAUUGAAAUUUAGAGUCCACAGUUGUAUCUUAUUGUAAUGGAAGACACAUGAAACCAUUGUUUACAUUAAAUCAAGUUGGUGUUUAUUAUUAUCUUGGUCACAUUCUUUUUUUGAUGGGAUUGAUUAUGAAAUAUUCUUUGUGUAUCUGUUUAUAUGUUUAAUAAGCCAAACUAUUUUCUUGCAUUGAAUUUUAAAAUAAACAUGAGUACAUUCCAAUUGUAUGUAUUUUUAAGUUUUCAGGGAUUUGUAUAAAACAUUUCCACUAUUGACCAUUACAUCUUUAAUUUUCAUGUUGGUGUGAGCUAUCUAAGUGGAGGGCUUAGAGUAUCAAAUUGUUCUUAUUUUCAUUUGAAAGAUGAUAAAAAAUAUAAUUUGUAAGUUGAAAAUCUGUGUACACUAAGUUUCAUUUGUUAUAAAUGUGCACAAGUGA